GUUUUCUCUUAAAAAAAUGAUCCCGUAUUUCAAAUCCUUUCGUCGAUCAAAGUGCACAUCUGAUGGGCCGUAGUUCGUCAGGCCUGUGGACCAUUCUCGGCCCGUUUCUGUAUAUUCUCUACCCCUUGCUGAAGUUUGUCAGAUUUUACUCGCUUGGAAUCGACUCUCGGUUUGAAAAUUCUCCUCUCUCUCGACCCAAUCACCGACCCCCAUUGUGCCCCUCGAGUUGAUCGGAGAUGGCGACGCCCAUGGUUGAAGACAACUUCGAGGACGACCACCUUUCUUCUAUGACAACUGACGACAUCACUCGCGCUUCUCGCCUUCUCGAUAACGAAAUCCGAAUCCUCAAGGAAGAGUUGCAGAGAACGAAUCUGGAGCUGGAUUCAUUCCGGGAAAAGAUAAAAGAAAAUCAGGAAAAAAUCAAGCUGAACAAGCAGCUUCCUUACUUGGUCGGGAACAUUGUUGAGAUAUUGGAAAUGAACCCUGAGGAAGAAGCCGAAGAAGAUGGGGCGAACAUUGAUCUUGACUCACAAAGGAAGGGGAAAUGUGUUGUUCUAAAGACAUCUACACGCCAAACAAUUUUCCUACCUGUAGUGGGCUUGGUUGAUCCUGAUAAGUUGAAGCCUGGUGAUCUUGUUGGAGUAAACAAAGACAGCUAUCUCAUCUUGGAUACUUUACCUUCCGAAUAUGAUUCUCGUGUUAAAGCUAUGGAGGUAGAUGAGAAACCAACUGAAGAUUAUAAUGAUAUUGGAGGCUUGGAAAAACAGGCAAUCUUCUGCUGGAACAUUCAGAUUCAAGAAUUAGUUGAGGCCAUAGUGUUGCCUAUGACGCACAAAGAUAGAUUUCAAAAACUAGGAAUCCGUCCUCCAAAAGGAGUUCUUUUAUAUGGCCCUCCUGGGACAGGGAAAACAUUAAUGGCUCGUGCAUGUGCUGCCCAAACCAAUGCUACUUUUUUGAAGCUAGCAGGUCCCCAGCUUGUACAGAUGUUCAUUGGAGAUGGAGCUAAACUUGUUCGGGAUGCUUUUCAACUCGCCAAAGAAAAAUCUCCUUGCAUCAUUUUCAUUGAUGAAAUUGAUGCUAUUGGCACAAAACGUUUUGAUAGUGAAGUUAGUGGGGAUCGAGAAGUGCAAAGAACUAUGUUAGAAUUGCUCAAUCAGCUUGACGGGUUUAGCAGCGACGAAAGGAUAAAGGUGAUAGCAGCUACCAACCGAGCAGACAUCUUGGAUCCUGCUCUUAUGCGUUCUGGUCGGUUGGAUCGAAAGAUUGAAUUUCCCCAUCCCACUGAAGAAGCCAGGGCCCGCAUUUUGCAGAUCCACUCAAGGAAGAUGAACGUUCAUCCGGAUGUCAACUUUGAGGAGCUUGCUCGCUCGACUGACGACUUCAAUGGGGCCCAACUGAAAGCUGUUUGUGUGGAGGCUGGCAUGCUUGCACUUAGGCGUGAUGCUACUGAGUUGAAAUACGUUUCUCUAAGCCCCACACUCUCGCUUGAAAUUUUCGGGCUCGUCUCUUUGGCAUAUUCUCUGUACGGCCGGUUCUCAACGUAUAACGAUCCAGUUCGCCAUGGAUAUUAG